CUGCGGGAACGGGGAGGUUUCAGGACGCCAUCUUUAAACCCCACAAGAGGCCAGCUACAGUUGUACACCGGGAUGAAAAACACUGCCCGUACAGCAGGAUAUAACCUCAAAUCGCGGAGAACGGAUCACAGCACCCUGGUUAAAUGAACAAUGACAAACAGUCCGGGGAUACCGUGAGGAGAUGGUCACGGGACACCGCGAGUACCUAAAACUGUAUGUUAUAGUCUGACAACAACAAUAGACGGAAAGACAACAACAACGGACUAGCUCGCUAACUCGCCCGCUAGCAUCUAAUCAAAUGCUAACUGGAGGCUAGCUAACGUUAGCACCGUAACCAGCAAAUCGCUUUAAUUUGUCCAGGCGCUUUCGUAGCUGGUACUGGGUCUCCAGCGGCCCAGCCGGAGAUGCGUGGAAGAUGUCGGUGUCGGGGCUCAAGGCCGAACUGAAGUUUUUGGAGUCCAUUUUUGAUCCAAACCACGAACGAUUCAGGAUCAUUGACUGGAAGCCCGACGAACUGAGCUGCCAGUUUAAUGUAACUGGGGAAAAACUAUUAAUUAUCCACUGUAAUAUAACGGAAUCUUAUCCAUCUACGCCGCCCAUAUGGUUUGUGGACUCUGAUGACCCGAGUCUGGCGCAAGUUUUGGAGCGGUUGGAAGAUGUGAGAAAGGGCAGCACCCUGCUUUUGCAGCAGUUGAAGAAACUCAUUUGUGAUCUUUGUCGGCUGUACAACCUUCCCCAACAUCCAGAUGUGGAGAUGCUCGACCAGCCCCUGCCUGCAGGACCCGUUGCACAAGACCGAAAGCAUGGGACAGAAGAGGUCACAUCUGAAGAAGAGGAGGAGGAGGAGAUGGGAGAGGACAUAGAAGACCUGGACCACUAUGAGAUGAAAGAGGAGGAGCCUGUGGACGGGAAAAAGUCCGAGGAUGAUGGCAUCGAGAAGGAGAAUUUGGCCAUCCUGGAGAAAAUCCGAAAGAACCAGAGGCAGGACCACUUGAAUGGAGCCGUGUCUGGUUCUGUGCAAGCCUCUGACCGCCUGAUGAAGGAGCUUCGAGAGAUCUACAGGUCUCAGAGUUACAAGACGGGCAUCUAUUCAGUCGAGCUGCUUAACGACAGCUUGUAUGAAUGGCACAUCAAGCUGAGGACGGUGGAUCCAGAUAGCCCCUUACACAGCGAUUUACAAGUCCUCAAGGAAAAGGAAGGAAUGGAUUACAUUUUACUAAACUUCUCAUAUAAAGAUAAUUUCCCCUUUGAUCCCCCGUUUGUCCGGGUGGUUUCUCCUGUGCUUUCUGGAGGUUACGUUCUUGGAGGAGGUGCCCUGUGCAUGGAACUUCUCACCAAACAGGGUUGGAGCAGUGCCUAUUCCAUUGAGUCUGUCAUCAUGCAGAUCAAUGCCACUUUAGUCAAAGGAAAAGCCAGAGUGCAGUUUGGAGCCAACAAAAACCAGUACAAUCUCGCCCGAGCACAGCAGUCCUACAAAUCCCUGGUUCAGAUCCACGAAAAGAACGGCUGGUACACCCCUCCGAAGGAAGACGGCUAAAACGGACUCCUCCCUUUCCUGCGUUGGGACCACAUGUUUUCGAUUCCUUUUUUCCUUGUGACCAAUAUCUUUUUUUUUUUUUUUUUUUUUUAUCCUGCGAAACCAUUUGGCUCUCUAACAUGAGAGUUUGAACUUCAAACCAAAUUCCUCAUUCAGUGUCCGCCCAGAAACUAGCUCACACAUACACACGCACGCACGCACACACACUCACUCACUCAGACACACAUCUACCUGAAAUGCACAUCCAAGCUCAUCAGCUACUCCUCAAUAUUUAUCUCUGUACGUCUAUUGUCUGACAAAUCGGCUUUUCCCACUGCGACAUUCACCCCCUCCUCCAGGAAAACAAUCGGCUCAGCGUUGCGCGCUCUCUCUCUCUCUCUCCCCCUUUUUUGUUUUUGGCGGUAAGCCAAAGGUUACUUGCCGGCUGCGAAUUCAAAGGGUGCCGCGUGACUUUAUCCGCCAGUGGCGUCGGGCUGCUCCUGCGGACACCUCCUCCUCCUCCUCCUCUCAGGCCUCGGACUGGACCGCGACGUGAUGCAGCGGUGGCCCGAGAGGGACAUUUAAAUGCUGGUGGUGGAAGAACCGCUCUCCUUUUCUCUCCAUGGAUGUCCUCUGUAAUAUUGUGCUCACGUAUUAUCUUCGCAAUGCCAAGAUUCCUCCUCUGGGAAUCACGCGGCGUCCGGGGCUGGCUUGCUUUUGCCUUUUUUUUGUUGUUUUUGUUUUUGUUUAAAGCCCCGUGGAGACUUUAGCAGCCCAGGUGGGACAGCACAUAAUGAAGAACAGCCUCUUGUUGGGGGGUGAGGGGGACCACCGCCAUCGUCUCAACCAGCAACUGGACGACUCCUAACACCCCCCCCCCCCCCCCCCCUCCCAUCAGGACAGGUUUGGUGUGUUGGCGGCCCAAGAAACAUGACCAGGCCAAGCAGGGCCAUGUUUUCGGUUGGGAUCACACUGUAAUGUAGUUGAUUUUAACUUCACGUGUAAACAUGUAAAUUUGUAUUUCUGCAAAAAUGAUUUAAUUGUUUAUAAUGUAACCUUGUCUGGGUCUUUGACUGGGCAAAGACUGUAUUACUAUAAAAACCCUUGACUAUUAACAGCAGGGGCGCCGCAACAAGACCCAUUUAGAGUUAAGAAAAAGAAGUGGCUUCAUGGAUACUCUUGCAGAAGGAAACAAAAGUUCACCGUGAUCUGAUGUAAGCUUAAUGACUACUGCGCUUUUGUUCCCCUUUCUUGUUCUUUUUUUUCUUUUCUUUUUUUUUAAAUAUUGAUUUCUAAUCCUCUUGUUAUUGGCAGUACCGUUCUUCUCUUACGACAGCACCUCUUAACAAUAAUGGCGCCGCUUCGCGUGGCGUUCCAGAGAAAUCGGCCGUUCACAUCGUAUCACUCAAACCGGAGGAACCUCAGCGAGGAGACGAUUCGCUCGUACCGAGGAAGACGAGUCUCAUCAGCGCCGUCGCCCGCUUAGUUCUUGCAGCUCGUUUCACAACCUGAGCACUUCUGCAGUUAUACCAGUCUUUUGGAGGAGGGGGGGGGGUGUGUAAGUGACCUUUUUACCGUCCGACUUUUCCGCAACCUCACGGCUGGUUUUUAAAACGCAGCCCGAUUUUUCUUUUUCAAAUUCACAGCAAUAGUCCCGGCCUAAUACCUUCACACCUGGGAAGAUCGACUGGAGUCUGGUCCAUUUCCAGAAUAUUUGUGUGGGUUCGAUAAUUAUUGGUUCCGAUUUGCCACAGCUCUUCCCAUUAGCGCCUCUCUGGUUACUAUUCAUAACCACUCUCAGCGCUGCCGUACCCCUCAGCGCGCUGGGUCUUUUGAUGUAAUGUGAAUAAUAUGCAGAAAACUGUGUGGAGCAUUCCGAUUUAAUGCAGUUACACGUUUGUUGUGGGUGUUCUAUUGUGUGGUUACUUGCAUUGUUUUAAGUAUAUUGUCCUGAAAACCAGCAUAGAAAGCUUAGUUAUGCUAAUUCUUACAGUCAUUCCUUGUUUUUUUUUCCCCCGUUUGUUUAAAAAAAAAAAAGUUGAUUUAGAAUUUCCUCCAGUUAGACUGACCUCAGUCACGGCACACCGAUAGUUUUCAAACCGGUACAGAUGGGUGUACGUAUAUAUAUAUAUCAUACAGCCUGUUUGCAUUCAGCACACGUCUGACAUUUUGAUUUGACUCGCUUUCCCCACGAGCAGAAAUCCCAACCUGACUGAAUCGUUAGCAUGGUUGUUAGCUGUUGUGAUGCCAUCGGUAACGUGCUUAUCACUUCAUUCUGGUCACUUUUGUCGAGCCCACCCCCCGCAUUCUCUGGAGAAGCAAACUCAGGAAUACAUACUGCACACUCGACUCUGCGAAGGAUUGCUUCAGAACGUCGGCACGAAGUGCAAGAUUGAACGUGUCGAUAUUUCGUUUCUGAGGCCAUUUGAAUGAGACGUCCGUUUUACCAAAAGCUAUAGCGGUAUGUUUUUGCUGUUUUAAAUUCUGAAAACCCUUUUUUUGAGGUUUCAAAAAAAAGAAAGGAAAAAAAAAAAAGAAUUGUUUUUGGGAAUCUGAUGUGGAGCAGCGGGUGCGCUCCCGCCCUCGGAAUAACCCGAUGAGAGGGUUCAGGACACAUGUACCCCGUCUCUUUGAUAUUGCUGUAUUGUGCAUGUCAAUAUAUCCAACGGGUGUGUUGCACCGAGCUACUGAAGACAAAGAGUGGUCGGGUAGGGUGAUUAAAAAAAGACGUAGAUGUAUCGGUUGUUCAUUAAUUGUUUACUCGUGGUUCCCUACAUCAGCGCACCGGGCGGUUUCUCCCCGCGUGGCGCUUAUUUUAACCAGGUCAGAUCCUAAUGAGACGCGUGGACUGAACGAGAUGUCCUUUACCUGCUCGGAUCCCCAACAGGAGCCGCAGUCCCGAUUUGCGUGCCAUCAGAAUGGCAGUAAACCCACACACCUUCUGACCUGACAUUUGGAAUAUUGGUGUAUUCAAGGCUCCCGUUGUCUGACUAACAAAAUCCUUCUCUGCUUUGGCGAGCGACAUGUUGGUCUGAAUGGGCCUCGUCCUGGGUUCUUCACCUUGCUUCGUUAACCGCAGUGGCCGGGUUAUAAAGCACUGUUAGCAUGCUUUGGUUUGGGUUCAUUCUUUUUUUUUUCCCCAUUGCAAGGGUGAUUUUGUCCAUGUAAAGUAAUUUGUAAACUUGCAUCAAGUUUAUAAAUAAAGAAUUUUAUUAAAUAUCA